AUGCGCAAGCCUGAUACCUGCUUCUAUGAACAUGUUUUACGAGAGAUGAGUAUCGUGCCGGCUGAAGCUAUUUUUGUUGACGAUAAGGAAGAAAAUGUAUCAGGUGCACAGAAGGUAGGCAUGAUGGGAUUUGUAUUUGAUGAGUCUAGAGCAUCUGAAUUUCGUGAGGAGCUACUAGUUCCAUAG